UUCUGACAAGUCAAUUCUCAACUCUCAUCUCAUUAGAGUCUCAGUUUUGAAGAAAAGCAAAAAAGAGAGAGACUACGUUUCUUCAUUGCAGUUUUCACACAAAUCAUUCAUAAUUCAAGGGUUUUCUUCUUCUUGAGAUUACAGAGAUCAGAGAGAUUAUGGGGGUUUCGGAAAACUCGACGGGUUUGGCUUUGGCGUUGGGUUCCAGUGCAUUCAUUGGUGCUAGCUUCAUCCUCAAGAAGAAGGGUCUCAAGCGUGCUGCUGCCACCGGCACUCGUGCAGGUGUUGGUGGUUAUACUUAUUUACUAGAGCCACUUUGGUGGGCUGGCAUGGUUUCAAUGAUUGUUGGGGAGGUAGCAAACUUUGUGGCUUAUAUUUAUGCUCCGGCAAUACUCGUUACGCCGCUUGGCGCGAUCAGUAUUAUUGUCAGUGCUGUUUUGGCUCACUUCUUGCUGAAUGAGCGGCUUCAGACGAUGGGGGUAUUAGGAUGUCUGUCCUGCAUUGUGGGAUCAAUUGUCAUUGUCAUCCAUGCUCCUCAAGAGCAAACUCCGACUUCUGUCCAAGAAAUAUGGGAUUUGGCCACUCAACCAGCAUUUCUAUUUUAUGCCGUGGCAACAAUUUCUUUAGUUUUGGCUUUGAUUUUACACUUCGAGCCUCGCUAUGGACAGUCUAAUAUGCUGGUUUACUUGGGAAUUUGUUCAUUAAUGGGCUCAUUUACGGUUGUGAGCAUCAAGGCCAUUGGUAUUGCAAUAAAGCUAACACUUGAUGGAAUUAACCAAAUAGCUUAUCCUCAGACUUGGUUUUUUCUCACAGUUUCAGCAAUAUGUGUUAUCACACAGCUGAAUUACCUUAACAGGGCACUGGAUACAUUCAAUGCAGCUAUUGUUUCCCCUGUAUAUUAUGUUAUGUUCACAACUCUCACCAUUAUUGCCAGUGCAAUAAUGUUUAAGGAUUGGUCUGGUCAGGAUGCUACCAGCAUAGCGUCUGAGAUAUGUGGCUUCAUCACCAUUCUUUCAGGAACAAUGAUAUUGCAUAUUACCAGAAAACAGGAAGAGUCCGAUAUGCAAAGGACCUUAAAAUUCUACGUUGGCGAGGAUUCAAUGAAGGGCCUUGAGGAUGAACACCUGAUCCUUAUACAUGGUUCGGAUUUUCGGGAACAGUGACUUUUCCUGUGAGGUUGAUGUAUGGAGCAAGUUCUAUGAAUCAGCAAUGGAAUAACAAUUUGGACACAGCCCAGCUCAUGAUACGAUGCAUUUUGCAGCGAGCAUUGCAUUCAUGUCUUUGAUCUUGGAGCUUGAAUUCAAGCAUCCCGGAGUGCUAAAGUUUUCUGACCGUUUCUCCACCCUCCUUGGAGUGAUCUCAAAAUGUCUGAUGCGGUGCAGUUCAACGGCCGAAAUGGGGAUUGCUAACUCGUCUCAAAAAGUUUCAGAUUUUUGAAGUGAUAUCAUGCUAUGUGAUAUAAUGUCCAUAGUAGCCUGUGUAAUUUUCCCUUUCACAAUUUUGGUGGUAGGUCAGCACUUGUUUAUGUAUAUAUUUUUAUACUUUUUUCAAUUGAUUAUUGGAUUAUGUUGAUAAUUUUCCUUGGUGGUGGCAAAUAAUAGUAUCAGUUUGUUUCGUUGAAA